AUGAACAUGUUGAAGCACUAUAUGGAAAGGAUGUGGAACUUUGUGCAAUUACCUGAAAUGGUGUACCAUGAGGAAGGAUACUUCAUCCUAAAGUUCAUAACUCAGAGUUAUAAUGAGGAAGUGUUGAUGAAAGGCCCAUACACUCUGCGGAAUAUGCCUAUUUUGCUCUGUGAUUGGAGGCCAGGUUUUAGCUUGAAAGAAGAUAUGCUACGCACGCUACCAAUCUGGGUGAAGCUGCCACUCUUGCCAUUACAUAUAUGGGGAUUCAAAAGUUUGAACAAGAUUGGGAGUGCACUGGGGAAUCCGCUGUUAACGGAUGAAUGCACUGCGAGUAAGGCCCGUGUUUCGUAUGCACGUAUUCUAGUGGAGGUGGAUGUCACUCAAGAACUGAGGAAUUGCAUAAACAUUAAGGAUGUUGAAGGUAGGAUAUUGAUACAACCAGUAGAGUAUGAAUGGAAACCAUUUUUUUGUGGAAAGGGCCAAAUGUUUGGUCACAACUGUAAGGAGAAAGUGCUAAAAAAAUGGCAGCCAAUGAUUCCUCUGCCUGAAGGGAAGCAAGAUCCUGUGCUUGUAGUAGAGGAGACCCCAAAGCCUGCUACGAAUGAAGCUAUCAAACCUGUAGAGGUUAGACUUGAAGAUAUAGGAAAGGAAUGGGAAACGGUUCUGAAUGGAAGAGAUAGGGGUAAGAGGAGCAUACAAGAACAGGUUGUCACAAAUUGUUGGAAUGGGUAUGAGGAGGCUGUGAGAGAUAAUUGGAAUGUGCCAUUAACAGGUAGAGCUAUGUAUGUGGUGUGGGAAAAAUUGAAAAGACUGAAACCCCUUAUGAGGAAACUAAAUAAGCUGUUGACCACACUGAAGCAGGACAUUGUUAAAUCCAGAGACGAGUUAGCUUGUGCCCAUCAUGAUGUCAAUGAUGAUCCCUUGGAUAAAUGCAAAGUUCAAAGGAUGCAGGAGUGUACUGAAAAGGUGAUAGCUCUGAAUGAACUUGAAGAGAAAAUUCUGAAGCAAAGAUCGAAGAUUGAAUGGCUUAAAUUAGGAGAUGGGAAUAAUUCAUACUUUCAUGCUACUAUUAAAGCCAAACACACUGCCAAAGGUAUGCAUAUUCUUCAUAAGGAUGAUGGUACUGUUAUCACUAAUCAAAAUGAAAUUGAGCAGACAUUAGUGGACUUUUACAAAGGACUUAUGGGUACAGCUGCAAGAGACAUCAUACAGGUAGAUAUCAGUGCUCUAAGAGAAGGCCCACAACUUACCUUUGAGCAAAGACAAAGAUUAGUUGGUCCUAUUAGUGAGGAGGAGGUGACACAGGCUUUGAAGGGUAUUGGAGAUCUAAAAUCACCAGGGGUUGAUGGUUUUGGAGCAAAAUUUCAUAGAGCAAGCUGGCAGAUUAUCAAACAGGAUGUGAUGAAUGCUGUGAGGGACUUUUUUGAUAAAGGUGAUCUGUACAAGGCAGUGAACUGUACUAGUGUGACACUGAUACCAAAAAGUGCUAAAGCAAGGACUAUAAAGGACUAUAGGCCCAUAGUAGGUUGUACAACUCUAUACAAGAUAAUAUCUAGGAUUCUCACUUGUAGAUUGGCAAAAGUGAUUGGAUCCAUCGUCAUUCACAAUCAGGCAGCAUUUGUACCUGGGCAACAAAUACACAAUCACAUCCUACUAACCUAUGAGCUAUUGAGGGGUUACUCUACAAAGGGAGGGGUUCCUAGAUGUAUGAUACAACUAGACCUACAAAAGGCCUAUGACAUGGUAGAUUGGGGGGCCUUGGAACUGAUAAUGAAGGAGCUAGGUCUACCUAAUCUGUUUAUAAACUGGAUCAUGCUCACUGUGAAAUCUGUAUCAUACAGAUUUAAUUUGAAUGGUUUAUAUACUAGUCAUAUACAAGAAAAACGUGGGAUAAGACAAGGGGAUCCCCUAUCCCCUAUUCUCUUUGUCUUUAUGAUGGCGUAUUUCCAUAGACUCCUCCAUAAGAUGCAAAAAAAUCCUGAUUUCAAACAUCAUCAUAAAUGUAAGGAGCUGCAACUCACCAAUAUCACCUUUGCUGAUGAUGUUCUUAUGUUUGCUAGGGCUGAUACACAAUCUGUUAGGAUGCUGCUGCAAGUGAUCCAGGAUUUCUCUUGUUCAACUAGAAUGGUGGUAAACCCAAGGAAAUGCAAGGUUUACAUUGGAGGUGCUGAUGCUGACACUUGUCUUAGAAUUAAAGAUUUGACUACUUUCCAAGAGGGCACUCUACCCUUCAAGUAUAUGGGUAUUCCUAUGUCAAGCAAGAGGUUAGAGAUUCACCAAUUUUGUCCUUUAAUUGAUAGGAUUACAUCUAGAAUUACCCAUUGGAGCAGUAGACUUUUGAGUUAUGCUGGGAAAGUACAGUUAGUAAAAAAUCCUUUGUGUGGACUGGUAGUGCUAUUAUUAGUAAAAAAAAUCCCUGUUGCAUGGAAAGAUAUUUGUAAACCUAGGAAAUGUGGAGGCCUAAACAUAAUAGAUUUGAAGAUUUGGAAUAACCUGGCUAUGCUGAGACUGUUAUGGAAUAUUAGCAAGAAAAAGGAUACCAUAUGUGUGAAAUGGAUGAAUUGCUAUUAUUUGAAAGGCAGAGAUAUUAUGCAGAUUGAGGAGAGAAGUCAAUAUUCUUGGGUUUUUAAGGCUAUUUUAAGGCAGAGACAAGUAACUGCAGAAGUGCAUAACUGGUCAAGUAUGGGGCAGUUUAGAACUAAACAGGUUUACAAGCAGCUGAGGGCUACUGAGAUCCAAGUGUCGUGGUACAAGAUGUUUUGUGGCAAUAGUGCAAGGCCUAGAGCUCUCCUCACACUUUGGUUAGCCUGUCAUGAGAAAAUGGCAACAAGAAGUAGAUUACAUAGAUUUGGGUUUGUUGAUUAUGUUCAAUUCAGUUUUUGCUUGCAGGAAGAGACUCAACAUCAUCUAUUUUUUGAGUGCAAUGAAACAAAAGUGAUAUGGCAACUGGUUUUAAAAUGGUUGGGUAUUGAUAGAACUCCUCAGAACUGGGCAUUUGAAAUACAAUGGAUGAUCCAAAUGUGCAAUGGAAAAUCAACAAAAGCUAGUGUUUUGAAGAUGGCUAUUGCUGAAGUUGUUUAUGGGCUGUGGCAUUAUAGGAAUGCUGUUAGCUUUGGGCAAGUGGUCGAUUCAAAAAGUGUUCUCUUGAGUAUUCUUGAUAUGAUUGUGUAUAGGGGUUGGACUAACCCUGGACUUAGAUCUUAUAUGGCUAUUUUGAUGCUAUAG